AUGGAUUAUCUCAUGGACCGCUACAUUUUCGACAACUUGCCGUUUGACGUCGGUCCGGAAACACGCAAAACGUGGGGACAAAGAGCACUUCAUGCCAUUCAGGUAACUGACCGAAAACGAAUAUGAAAAACCUAUAGGGUAACGAUUUUCAGUGGUUCGAUUGGAUCUGCAAGUACCAGGAACCAUCGACAAUCUACGAGAACCACACGUCUUUCCUUUUCGGUGAAAUUCUCUUUUUCAUCCUGGCCGCUUUAACUUUUGCUCACGCCUGGCGCUCCGGCACCCGCUACGUCCUCGUUUGGUUCGGAAUCCUGGUGCAUGCUCUGAAUGUGGAGAACCUUUGCUACUGGAUUCCCGAUAUGGACAACUUCUGGCAGGCCCAGGGCAUUCUCACGUUCUUCGGAGCUCGCGCCCCACUCUACAUCCUCGUGGGAAUUUAUCACAUGUUCGACUACACCUCCUUCGUCCUCAUGAGCAGGUUUUAUUUUUCCGAUUUUGAGACAGAAUGAGAACCUUUUGCAUUUGCAGGCUCCAUCUUCCAUGGUGGGCUUACGGACCGGCGGUUGGAUUGGGAGCUGUCAUGCUGGAUAUGCCGUACGAUAUCAUGGGAAUCAAGUUGGUGUGGUGGACGUGGCACGACACGGAUCCGAACAUCUUCGACCGAAUGAACUGGGUCCCGUGGAAUUCGUACUACUUCCACGCUUCGUUCGCCUGCUCUUUCACCUGGAUUCUGUUGUACUCAAGAUCCAAACUGGUCGACAAAGAGUACGAUUGGAAGAAGUGAGCACAAAAGACCAACUUGCGCUAAUUAAAAAUGUUUCUUUCAGGCUACCCUAUGAAAUUCUCUGCGUUGUCCUCGCUGGAAUGGGCGCUUUCUGGCUGGGAACCAUUCAAUUUGCUCUUCUCUACCACCCGAUGCACGACAUCUUCAAGGUUCACUCCGAGUACACCACCGUCGCCUUUCUCUCCAUCUAUGCGCUCAUCGUCAUCUUUGCCGAUCGUCAAAACAAGAACGCAAAAGCGCGCACCGGCAAUACAUAUUGGUUUGAUGAACUCGCCGCCGCCAUCGCCAUCGAGUACUUGUUCUUCAUGAUUGCCGUCAUCAUCUCCGACCCGGUGAACAUUGUCAGCGACGGACUUCAUCAGCCGAUCGGACCAUGCAAUGAGACGCAAAAAGUGCAAACCCCAACUGGACUCGUACUCAACAAACAGAAGUAUUUCUGCGUGGACAACUUUGAUGAGAAGUACAUUGACUUCCAUUGCGUUCCAGGAGGUCCUCCCCAACAGGUAUGAUAGUUUAAAUGGAUAACUUUGAACUAAAACUAAACUGUAUUCAUUUUCAGCCAGAGCCAGGUGUGCCAUUAGAGUGGUACGCAGUCUGUGGAACCGACUACGACAACCGCGCCGAGUACAUCUUCAUCAUCUGGUUCAUCUGCUUUCUCUACGGCUCAAUCUGGUACCAAAUCGCCGCUCGCUCCGGGACUACCCCGAAAGAUCCAGUGAAGCAGUAUAAAACACGCGAAAUCAAGAGUUCUUCGGUCAAGAAGACCACCUCGAAGAAGGAGAAGACACAGUAA